AUGGACGAAGUGGAAAGGACAGGAAACUGUCUAAAAGGAUCUCGUCCGAUCAUCACUUUUGGCAAAGAAUUCGAGGACGAAGUGCACUGGAAGGUAUUUGCGGCGCCGAAGACGGCCUGGAAAGCUAAGCGUUUCAUCUGGUCGCUUGUGGAAGCGUCUUCAUCGCUGGAUGGGGAUGGAUCACUACGGUGA